GACUCGCUCCCAGCCAGUCAGAAGGCCCGGCCGGGUCGCCGAGUGGGCCAGGGGCAUCUGGCAUAGACUCAGCAAGUGGCAUGAACGCGGAGACAAGUGCGGCGCUCCGGCCCAGCGCCCACGCAACUACUCCUGGCGAGUCUGGCACCAGCCAGGCCGCACCAGCAGCCACGCCAAGCCACACGGAGAGUCGCAAGCCGGCGGGGCCAGCGGGCUUGGUUCAUGGGUUGGCGGCAGCAGCGGCGCCCUGCAACCAUGGCAGCUCUGCGGCAACAGCACAUGCAGCAGUUGGCGGUGGUGGCGGCGGCGCGGAAGCCGCCGCCGCCGCCAAAGCAUCCGCAGCCCCACAGGCCGCGGGCCCACUGCACGGCGGCAGGAGGGUGGCAGCCACUAGCACGGUGGUGGUGGGUGCCGGUCCCGGGCAUGUAGCAGGUUCAGGGGCAGGGGCAGGCGCAGCAGCUGCGGCCCCGGAUGCUUCCUGGCCAACGGCUGCCCCUGGGACGUCAGGGCAGCCGCAGACGGCCACACACACGUCAGCGUGGCCAGACACCGGCGGCGCCGCGUGGCUGCCGCCCAGCCACGCGGGGCACUACAGCCACUCGUAUGGCGGCUACAGCCACAACCAGGCCCACAGUUACAGCCACAGCCUGCAGCACGGCCCCUCGCACUCCUCCGCCCCUCCCCAUGCCUCUGGGCAUCAGUGCUAUUGGGACCCCCAUCGCGGCUGGCAGUGGCCCCCCGGGCCGCACCACCAGCAGCAGCAACAAUCACAGCAACAGCAGUACCAGCAGCAAGGGGUGCAGGCAAACGGGCAGGGCUACUCGGAAUCCGCGGGAGUUGCUGCGGCGAGAGGGGCGCAGGAUCCAGGGCCGGGGCCGGGAUCACAGCGUCAGCAGCAGCAGCAGCCCCCGCAGGCGCAGUUCCAGCGGCAGUCGCAGGCGCAGGUCACCGGGCGACGGUGGCUACCCCCUCCGCCGCCGCCGCCGCCCCCUCCGCCGCAGCUGCCAUGGGAGCUGCUGUCGUUGGUGGCUGCGGAUGCGGGCUGGGGCGAGGAUGAUGAUGUGUUGGGCAGCCGGGCAGGGUGGCGCCACCACCACGGUGGGCCUGCGGCCCCGCCGCAUCCUCCUCCGCCCCCACCUUGCUUGCCACCGCCGCUUCCGCCGGCGCCUGCUUCGUACUACUCACCGCCGUACCACUCAGCCGCGCCGCCGGCUGCUGGGGCACACUGGCAGCCGUACGCGCCGCAAUAUGGCUAUGCGUACGGUUACCCGUACAGCUACGGAUACGGCGCCACGCCAGCCGCUGCUGCUGGGGGCCGGCAGUAGCUGGCAUGCAGGCAGCUACAGCGCGGCCCACCCUGAGCUAGCAUACAUCGAUGGUGUGGGCUGCGGUGGCUAGUGCGUCAGCAGACAUCCGCAGCGGGACGUGGGCAUAUGCAUGACAACGCCGUGCCGCAGGUGGUGUGCGGGUGCAAGUGACUGUGGCGACAUGACCUUAGCACUCGGACGUAAACUUCAGGGCGUACAUGCGGUGACGCGGGACUGGCAGCAUGGGGAUUGCAACACACGGGCACGUUACGUUGCCUGAUGUGCCUUGCGUUGGUGUCGGGUUGCCGUUUGUGGCCCGUGGUGAGGACCGGACUACAUGUUUGGCUGUGUUUGGGCUAGGAGCUGAGCCACACGUGCAGUGGGGCCAGUGGCCGAGUGGCUGGCAACGGGGUGCAGGGGGAUGGUGAGGGUUGGUGGCGAACGGACAGGGUUGGUGGCGAACGGUGGCCGUAACACUUCAAGUUCGAGGUUGAUGCACCGGCAGGCUUUGGUGUUACCUUUGCCCAGCAUACA